AACCGCACGUAUAUUUUCGUCUUUCUUCUUCCUUCUUUCCUCAUCUCUGUCGUCUCUCAUAUCCAGUACGUUUUAUUUAUUUUUUUUUUUUUGCAGAAAUAAAAACAAAAUUAUUUUUGCCUGCACUUCUAUAUAUAUACAGCAUAUUCAUACUUUGUUUGGUGAGACUACUUUCAUAUAUAGAAAAAAAAAAUGGGUGUAGUGUCCAUUGAUUUGCUAGUAAGGAUCAGUUUAGGGUUGUGGUUGGCUGCGGCGGUUGCCAUGGCGGAGCUUCCGCGGCUCGAACAUUCUCCGGCGAAGUCCGGCGGCUCGCUGAGCUUGAUGGUGGUCGGAGAUUGGGGAAGGAAAGGAACUUACAACCAGUCUCAACUUGCUGUUCAGAUGGGAAAAAUUGGAGAAGAAAAGGAUAUAGAUUUUGCGAUAUCGACGGGGGACAACUUUUACGAUAAUGGAUUGAGUGGCAUAGACGACACCGCAUUUGAGGAAUCAUUCACCCACAUCUAUACUGCUCCAAGUCUUCAAAAGCAAUGGUAUAGUGUUUUGGGAAACCAUGACUAUAGAGGUGAUGUGUUGGCUCAGUUAAGUCCCAUUCUCAGAGAAAAAGACAACAGAUGGCUAUGCCUCAGGUCUUUCAUUCUCAAUACAGAGGUGGCAGAAUUUUUCUUUGUAGAUACAACUCCAUUCCAAGAUAAAUAUUUCAGUGAUCCUGGAAAACACACAUAUGACUGGAGAGGAGUGUUGCCCAGACAACAGUAUCUUUCAAAUCUUCUCCAGGACUUAGACUCAGCACUGAAGGAAUCAAUUGCCACGUGGAAGAUUGUAGUUGGUCACCACCCCAUUAAAAGUGCUGGACACCAUGGUGACACAGAGGAGCUUAUUGCACAACUUCUCCCAGUCUUGCAGGCAAACCAUGUUGAUUUAUACAUAAAUGGACAUGACCAUUGCUUAGAGCACAUUAGUAGCUUGGACAGUCCACUGCAAUUUGUGACAAGUGGUGGUGGGUCCAAAGCAUGGAGGGGUGACAUUAGUGACAUGGAUCCACAAGAAAUGAAGUUCUAUUAUGAUGGUCAAGGUUUCAUGACAUUGCAAAUUAGUCCUGGAAACAUUGACUUCCAGAUGUAUGACAUUUUUGGCCAUGUGCUGCACAGAUGGUCUGCUUCAAAAACCAAUUAUCUCUCUGCUAUUAUGUAAAUAUAUUAUUUGUGUAGAGAGGGCCUGAGAGAGAUUGGAUGAUUAUUAUUUAUCCAUCCAUGAGGAAGUUCCAAAGGAUGGAAACUAUUGAGUUGAUGAUGAUGAUGAUGAUAUAUAUAUAUAUAUGUGUGUGUGUGUAAUCUUGUAUUUAAUCCAUUUGUAAUUGAAAAUUUUCAUUAAUAUAUAAGUUGGUACCUAUUUGACCUUAUA